CAGUCAGAAGAUUAAGCUAAAGUGUACUAGGCUUCUUACAACAUAUACUAAAGAGCAACUUCAGGAGAUUCAAGAAAUGAUAGAUACAAAUUUUGGAUACUCCCUCAAUGCUAAGCAGAUUCCUGGGGCCCUAGAAUUUAUAUUAGAAUUUGUGGAUAACAUGCUCAAAGAAGAAAGUAAACUGGAUAAGAGGAAUAAAGAAAGCCUGGUACCAGUAAAUAGCCCUUGCAAGAACACUUUGAUAGUUCUUUUAAACCUUGAAAGUAAUAAAUGUGAAUCUGGAAAAAAAAAUCUAAAAAAAGAGAAAAGUAGAUUAGUAAAUAAUAGAAAUGAAGUUUCUAAUUGGUAUUCGAAAUCAGCUAAAAAUGAUGAUUCAUCUAGACAACAAAGUACUGGACAAUGCUAUGAUAAAGAUAUAAAUAAAAUCAAGAGUGAAAAGGUAGCAUUUAAACAGUAUUUAAAAGAUACUGAUGAUGGAAUUGGGAUCAAGAAAAAUGAACGAAUUGGAAAGGAGUAUAUGAACGAGAACAAAAAUUUAGGUGACUAUAAUAGUAAUGAGAAUGAUAAUGAUGACUUGGUCGAAGAAUUUGAGUGUGAAAGCAAGAACCUUGAGAAAGUCGAAAGUUACUCUAUGGAUAGUGACAGAAUGGAAGUAGACAGGAUAAAAGUUGGAAGAGAGAAACAAAAGGGAGCACUGAUAGAUUAUCAAAAAUUAGCUGAAAUGAACAAUGUUAAAAUUGUAGAUGACGAAGCCCUGGAUGAAAGCAACUGUGUCGAAGAUGAUGGAGGGCAGAGAAAAGGAAGAAAUAAAGAUAGACCUGAAAGACUGCUUGACGGGGAAACCUUAAAUUAUGAAUGCGAAAAAUGGAAGAAAAAA